CUCUUAAUCCUUAAUUGUUUCAUUGGGUUCGAGGACUCUCUCUCUCUCUCUCCGUCUCCGUCUCCGUCUCUCAAACCCUAGCAAAGCGCGAUCAUUAUCCGCUCUCAUCGUGGUGAAGAUGGCCGGAUCGAGCUCUUGGUCUCAGGCGCUAAUGCAGAUCUCGCCGUAUACCUUCGCUGCGAUCGGAAUCGCCAUCUCAAUCGGUGUCUCCGUUCUCGGAGCGGCCUGGGGGAUUUAUAUUACUGGGAGCAGUUUGAUCGGUGCUGCAAUUAAAGCCCCGAGGAUCACCUCCAAAAAUCUCAUCAGUGUUAUUUUCUGUGAGGCUGUUGCCAUAUAUGGAGUCAUUGUUGCAAUCAUUCUUCAAACCAAGCUGGAAAGUGUGCCAGCUUCACAGAUCUACCAACCCGAGUCUCUAAGAGCUGGAUAUGCAAUUUUUGCUUCUGGGAUCAUUGUUGGUUUUGCAAACCUAGUUUGCGGGCUUUGCGUUGGUAUAAUUGGCAGUAGUUGUGCUCUGUCUGAUGCUCAGAAUUCCUCCCUCUUUGUGAAGAUUUUGGUUAUUGAGAUUUUUGGGAGUGCUCUUGGCCUGUUUGGGGUGAUCGUAGGGAUAAUCAUGUCAUCUCAAGCGACAUGGCCCGCCAAGGCUGUGUGAGCAGCUCUCGCUACUGUUUAAAGACUUUAUGAGCACUGAGCAAACCGGAUUGUGUUAAAGAUGUACAUGUUACAUGUACCGUUUCUUGAUUUACAUUGAAGCCAAUAACUAGUGGCUGCUGUCUGUUUUCUUGGGAUCAUGUUAUGUUUUUCUAUGUAUUAAUUUUACCCGUCUGUCCGGCAUAA